CGAAUCCAUAAAACACACUUGUUGUUCACCAGCACGCAGCACCAGCAUCGUCUUAGCAGAGCGCAUUGCUUCAUUUCCAUUUCGCAAAUUGCCUGCUAGCCUACUCUCAUGGCUGUCCCUGUGCUCGUCUUGAACACGUCGUGUUUUACCGGCUACGACUUCAGUCGACGCGCGGCUACGAAGAGUGAACCAUCAAACUCAAGAUAAUCGCGAACCACACCAACCAAGUGGUGCUCACCGGUCAAAAUAAUGCAAAGUUGGCAAUUUUAUUAUGCGUUUGCUUUGUGCACAACGUGCAUCUUCGGUGGGUCGUCCUCUGCUGCAUCAACUGUCCCGUAUAAACCUUCACCAGCAUUCAACUGCAGCGAACCCUUUCGUAACGUGACGGCUCUAGUCUAUGCCGAUCCUAAUCCGGAUGCCAACUUUACACUAUACACCAUUCAGGAUUAUCGCAAUGAGUUACAAGCUGUCUAUCGACUGGAUUUAGAGCCGAUAAACAUCAUCCCUAAAUUGUGCAAUGGUUCUAUUACAAAAUUUCCGCUCAUGAGGCAUCUAAAGCUGGUGCUCACUAGCAUCGGGGACAUUGAACCUGGAUCAUUUGAAGACCUUCCCAAGUUAACCCAUCUUGAUCUCAGCUACAACAAACUUCAAGUUAUCGAUCGGUACAUCUUUAAUAAUCUUCCAUUAACUGAACUCAGACUAGCAGGAAAUAAAAUUUACAAUAUAGAUCCUGAAGCAUUCGACAACAUGACGAGCCUCGCUUUGUUGGAUUUGAGUUUUAACAAGGUGCAAUAUAUGGACGAAAUGUGGUUCAAAAAUACUCCAAAAUUGACAACCUUGAAUUUUAUCUACAAUUUGAUUCCUGCUCUGGAAGCGCACAGUUUCAAGCACCUGGAAGGCACUAAAAUGACUGUGAAUUUGAUGUUUAUGAACAACAGCAUCACCAAUAUCCAUCGCGAUGCAUUCAAAGGCUUGAAAUCAAUGGGCAAGCUAUGGCUCACGGGUAAUAAGCUGCGCUUCAUUGAUGACCAAUUAUUCAACAACGUGAGCGCCAUUGAUGCGCUAAAUCUGGAAGACAACGAGCUAUUCUGUUUGUCCGAGCGAUUGCUGAAGGACACGCGCGUUAAGGAGAUCCAUCUGUCGGGCAAUCCCAUUAUUUGCAACUGCAUGACGAAGUUAGAACAAUGGAGCGUGCAGACCAACACAAAGACCUACAACAGCGCCAAGGAUCUUAAGCGCUGCGGAGUGUCCUCCAGGUUUAUUCAAACAACUACAGCAAAACCUGAGGGUGUGCUAGUCGAAUUAUAGUUAUUCAUUCGAGCAAUUCAUAUUUCAAUUGUAUGUAUGUUUCUAAAGUUAGAUUUGUGAAAUAAAUUUUUGCUACAAAGGG